AUUUUUAAUAUGAGCCAACGUGAAAGAGCGUUCAUUUCCUAGUUGAUAUUCGUCGAGUAACGUUGCAAAACCUCAGGAAAUUCCGUCGGAGACAAUUUUAGUGUAGCAAAUGAGGAAUUUUGUUGAAAAAUUGUGAAUAAUAUGUUCUUGCGUUGAUAACGUGCCGAGUAAAACGAUUAUGAAGACUGACGUGUUGCUGAUUUUGGAGCUAUUCAUUAUAUUGUGCACUUUGGGAUUAAGAGCCAUUUGCCAAGAAGUUGGGGAACAAUGCACGAUAAAAAGUACUGGUGAAUCAGGAACAUGCAAAGUAUAUUCAGAUUGUCCAGGUAUCGAAGAGCAAGGGCGACUUAACAUUGCUAUAACUCUCUGUGGAUUUUACCAGCUUAUUGUACCUGUAGUGUGUUGUAAAAAUAAAAUUGACACAUCUGGUCCCAACGAUUUAACAAUUGGAGAAAUUGGAGAUAUUACAUUUCCUACUGACGAUACUGAGGCACCUCUUACAUUCCGUGGGGGUCCCAGAAAGAGUGAGCUAAAAUGCUUUGAAUAUACGAGGGCUGUGACGGAUGUUGUUCAUGCAAUUCCUCUGGUAGCUAAUAUAGAACCAAUCAGCAUAAAUGUGACGAGAUGCGAAUACAAUAGCGUUGCUCUAAUUGUCGGAGGCACCCCAGCAGCCGCUGGAGAAUUUCCGUUUAUGGUUAGUCUUAUUCUCCAUAAUCGACUCUUAAACCGCCUUAAUAAUUUGCUUUCAUCCAUAGCAGAAUCCGCACAUUGCACAUUUACACGAGAUGGUCAACCAAGAUGGGUUCGCUUAGGUGCAUUAGACAUGGAGAGAGAUGAAGAAAGUGGGAGAGCACAGUACGAUAUAGAUCGAAUAAUAGUACAUCCAGAGUAUAAGUUUCCUGUUAAAUAUAAUGAUAUUGCUUUAAUAUCCACAACCACUCAGAUACAGUUUUCAAAAUAUAUAAGACCAGCUUGUUUAUAUACAAAAUCGACGUUUCCCCAGAAAUUUGCCCUUGCCACUGGCUGGGGACAAACUGAUUAUUCGGCUCCAAAUAGUGAUAAGUUAUUAAAGGUGCAAUUAAAUAUCUACGACAAUAGCGUUUGCGCAAAGGCUUACCAAAAAGAAAUCAACGCUAAUCAACAUAUAUCGAAAGGUAUUGUUGGAUCCAUGUUAUGUGCAGGAGAAUUAGAAGGAGGACGAGAUACAUGUUUAGGUGAUUCCGGGGGGCCACUGUUCAUUACCGAAGAGGAAAACAUGUGCAAGUUUUACAUCAUAGGAAUAACAUCAUUUGGAAAACUUUGCGCACAGGAAAAUGUUCCUGCCCUGUACACUAGGGUCUCAGAAUAUGUUCAAUGGAUAGAAAAUACUAUAUGGUAAAACAGUUUUAACUUAUCUUGCUUAAACUGUAAUAAUUAUUAUACAAAUAAAGAAAACAUAAAUCAUG